AUGAAAGAAGUGGACAUUGAUGAACUUUCCGAGACUAUUAGACGCUUUUCUUAUAUAGAAAACAAGAAAAAGAAAAGAGAGUUUUCUCCCAAUCAUUUUAUAGUAGCAUUUGUUUCCAUGUUUUCUGGAGAGUUUAAAAACUUGAACAAAAGAGAAGUGGGACCACUAGUUGUUAAACAAAGAAAAAUAGUCGAUUACAUCAUUAAUGAAAUUACAAACAAAGCGGCAAUGAGCGCAUCAGAUAAAAAAGCCAUUAAAUUUUGCAUUGAAAUAAGUUUUGCUGGGCUCAGUAGAAAUGCAUUGAACCGUGCGAAGACACUUGCUAUAAGUCAAAAAACAACAGUAAAUCAGAUAAUUGAUGCAAACGAAAAAGAAAGAAAAAACAGUGAAGCUCAAAUGCUUGAACAUGAAUGUGUUGCGAUAUCUGUUGACUCAACUACUAAAGAUGACAUUGAAAUAUUUUGUGUGAUGAUGCGAGUAGUUCGUGGAAGGAAAUGUGUCGGAUUACCUCUUUUAUUUCGUCAAUACAAAAAAGAAACAACAGCAGAUACUCUUGCUGUGUGGUUAGUACAUAAACUAUAUAAACUUGGUGUUCUGUGUUGUCGUGUAGUGAAUAUAACAACAGAUG